GGCUCAAGUUUAUGUUUUUUGGUUCAGUUUUGUGUUUUGAUUAUUGAGGGGCCACCCUUAAAUUAGGCUUGGCCAAUGUCCGGAUGGAGCGGAGGUGGCUGGAAUGGCGGAGGUGGCUGGAAAGGCGGCGGAGGGGGUGGAUGGAGCAAUGACAACUGGCGCGAUGGCGGCAACUGGAGGGAUGACAAAGGUGGCCGCAAAGGCGAUAACCGCGAAGGUGGCAAGGGCAACCGCGACGGUGGCAAAGGAAACCGAGAUGGUGGCAAGGGUGGAGGCAAGGGUGGUAAGGGUGGUGACUCAGGACCCCCACCUGCACCUCGUGGGGCAGGAGAAGCACUGCAGCCAGGUGAAACCAUCAAGUUGAAUGUGAAUGACUGUGAGGCUGGACUCACCUUGAUGGGCGGUACUGGUAGCGGUACCCGUGAGCGAGCCAAGAGAAAGGCAGAUAGUGGAACGCAGUGGGCUGGCGUGCGUGCAGAUUGUGGUGUUGCAGCCGAGGGAUUGUGGGCCUUCUGCGUGUGGAAUGAGACUGGUGGGAACUUGCGAAUUGGCUGGUCCAUGGAGAAUUCCAAGCUGGCCUUGGGCACAGAUCGCUACAGUUGGGGCUUCGGUGGAACUGCUACCAAGAGCCAUGCGGGAAACUUUGAAAAGUUCGGGCAGACCUUUGGCAAAGAUGAUGCCAUUACCUGUUGCGUGGACCUAGAAAGAAGAGCAAUUUUGUAUUUCAAGAAUGGACGUGAGAUUCCAGGUGAUUGCUUCACCUUCGGCAAGGAGCUCUCAGGUGUGCCGCUGUUCCCCCAUGUCUACACCAAAGAGGCAACCUUUUCAAUCUCCUUCGAUGGCAGUGGUGGUGCUCCUCCCUUGUCUGGAGGCUUCAAGUGGAUCUCGGAGGCGGCCCUGGUGCCGCACCCCACGCGCGUUUCAGGCGCUGGGCCCAGUGUGACGGAGCCGGCACCUGAGGCGCAGGGAGAUGAUGGGCCCAAGUUUGUGUUGACGCCCUACGGAUGGCGGACCGUGGAACAGGCCGGUGGCUUGACACAGGAGUGGCGUACCUCCUUGGAUGCCUAUGUGCGGCACUUCACGUCGAGUUUGGAACUGGAAUACGAGGCCGAGAGGCAGGCAGUGCUGGAGAAGGUGCAGAAGCGAAGUACCCGACAGCUUCAGGAUGAGGGCAUCGGUAUCGCAGGCCUUUGCGCAGAGUUCGAUGCUGUCUAUGGCCGUGUCUCCCUCUGGCCUGACGGCUGGCGCAUGCCGUAUCUCUCAGAGAUCAAGUUUGGCCGUGCUGUGCUGUUGAGCACUGUGGAUGGCGGAGUGGACUUGGAGGAUCCCAAGAAGACCAUCUCUGCAGAAGUGGAGAGCAUUAGAGACGGCACAAUGGUUCUGAGCACGCCCUACGAACGCCUCCCCUCCACUGGUUCUGGGAAUGAUUUGUACCGUGUGGACUUGGGCCCCAAUAUUGUGGCCAACAAGCGCAUUGACCGUAUGUUGGACGAGCUUCAGCGAUGUUUGGGAGUUGAUCAGGCGGCCAAUCCCAGGGAUUCCAUUCAGAAGCUGAACUACAAUGCCAACCUUUGUGGCCUCUUGCUGCCCGGUGCCCCCUUGGCUGAUGCCUUGUACGCGGACAUUGGCGAAUCUUCGGCCUCCGCGGCCAAGUGGGACCCCAUGACGCGUGCAGCACCCAAUCCGAAGGCAGACAUCAGCAGAGCGGCCAAGGAGAAGGACAUUGGAGCAGAGAAGUACACCCCAAAAAGUGAGAUCCACAGCACCAAAAAAAUGAACGAAUCGCAGCAGAGUGCCUGCGACAUGGUUUUGGAGCAACGAAGGCGCUUUAGCUUGAUCCAGGGGCCACCUGGAACGGGAAAGACCACCACUGCCUCUGCCAUCAUUUGCGGCUGGCUGAAGAGCAAUCGCGGCCCGGUGCUUGCCUCGGCUUUCUCCAACAAAGGAUGCGACAACAUUGCGCAACAGUUGCACCACAUGGGUGUCCGGGUGCUGCGCAUGGGCCUGUGUUCGGCCAAGGAGCCUUACUCCUUGGAAACGCGCUUGGAAGAAGCCGGCUUUAGACGAGGAGACAAGGGCAUGAAGGCCGUGCUGGAGAACAUCGAUGUAGUUUGUGCCACGUGCAUCGGUUGUGGCAUGGGACCCUUGGAUAGCCGAACCUUCCCUUUCAUUGUGAUUGAUGAGGCGGCUCAGGUCAUUGAGCCCGCUGUGAUUCUACCCUUGGGCAAGGGAGCCGUGCAAGCUGUCAUGGUCGGAGACCAAUGUCAGCUGCCAGCCACCGUGUUGAGUCAAGAGGCACAGAGCAAGGGCUUGGACAUUUCAAUGUUUGAUCGACUGCUUUCCAUGGGUAUGGAAUACACGCUGCUCAGUGACCAGUACCGAAUGCAUCCCUCCAUCAGCGCGUUCCCUUCGUGGCGUUUCUACCGUGGUGAACUGAAGAAUGCUGUGACCGAUGCUGAUCGUCCCAUGCCUCCAGGUUUGCCAUUCCGAUCGUCACUUGUGUUCCUCCAUGUAGACGCUAUCGAAAGCUCAGGUGGCGCCUCAAAGAAGAAUGAGGGCGAGGCAGACUGUGCCUCAUGGAUUGUGGAGCAGGUGAUGCAAAGUGGCAUCCGACCGGAGCAUAUUGGCAUCAUCUCGCCCUACGGGGCACAGGUGAAGUUGAUUCAGCGAAGUUUGCCGUACAAUGCCCAGAUGUCCGUCCAAGUGUCGACGGUGGAUGCAUUCCAAGGUAGCGAGCGUGAGGUCAUCAUCCUCAGUUUGGUGCGCGCCAACCGCCGCGGUGACGUGGGUUUCGUGGCAGACUGGCGACGUCUCAAUGUGGCGCUGAGCCGAGCCAGACGGCUCUGUGUGGUGGUAGGCAACAUCCCCACGUGGCUGAACUCUUCUAGCGCUUUGAUCCGGGAUUGGCUGGGCUUUCACCAAGUGGGCAAGGCCGAUGUGCGUGCCUUCCGAGGUUACGUGACCGACCUGCCCAUGGAUGUGGCCGCCAAGGUGAAUGCCUUGCGACAGGACUUUAUCACAAACAACCCGGCACCUGCGAAGCUGUCGCGCGCAGAGAAGGCUGCGCGCAACGUCUCGGCAGCAGGGAAGAAGGCACGAGAGAUCACCCAGGCCUUGGAGGAUGCUAUUAAAGCAGAGGAUGAGGCCGUGUUGAAGAGUGUCAUCAGCCAGGCUAAGGAGGCCGGCAUCGAAAAGAGCAUCAUCGAUGAGGCGGAAACCACGCUUGAGAGCUUGAGUGCAAGCAAGAGGCUCAACGCGGCCAUUAAGAGUCGCGACCCCACUGCCUUGGUGCAAGCCAUCAUCCAAGCGAAGAUGACGGGAGUGGACGAUGACAAGAUCGACAAAGCUGAGGCGCUUAUGAACGAGCUGGUGGUGCCCUCAGAGGAGCAUGGCCGGUCCUUCUAUGCUCCGGCACCCAAGAAGCCAGAGGCAGAGAAGGGUGAGGAACCAGAGGAAAAACCUGCAAAGAAGAAGCCAAAGAACAAAAGCUGGGCGGGCCUGCUGAACACUGGUCCCAAGUAUGCCGGCCGCCGCCGUGAUGAGGAGGAUGAUGCUCCUCCUCCACCUGAAGGAGAGACCGUCGCGGUCAUUGAGGACGAGCCGGUUCCCGAAGUGAAAGAAGGCAAAGGCAAAGCAGGGAAAAGCAAAGAUGGGAAAGGCAAAGGCAAAGGGAAGUCCGAACCGGAGAAACCAUACCUCGUGGUGGACGCUGAGUUGGGUGCAGGUGUGGAGCUCACGGCCACCUGCUGGGGUAUGCACGUGGACCUGGUGGAAGAGAAGCCUGGGCAACCACACCUCGUCGCAGGGUCUACCAUCACCGCGAUUGGUGGCCACAACUUGCUGGGCUUGGCAGAUGAGGAUGCAGUGGCCACCGCCUUUGGAGAGCACUUCAAGCACGAGGCGCUCAUCGAUGUGGACCCUGCCACUUUUGAGACCUUAGAGCUGCCUCCAGAGGCGUCCACAUGGCCAUUGAGCUUUCAAGAAGAUUUGGAGAUGUUGGCGAACAAGUUCGCCAUUGACUGCAGUAUCUCCAAACUAGGUCUGGAACUGGCCGGGCCAUCAGUGGCGAUGGAACCUGCAAAGAUGGAAAUGCAGCAACUUCUGGAUUUCUACCUGAAAGGCCAAGCUGAAGAGAAACAGAAGCAGGUCAAAGUGGACCAGGAGGCGAUGAAAUUGGCCAUCCGUCAUAACCAGGAAAGGCAGCAGCGCGAAGCACAGGAAUGGGCUGCCUGGCAGGCAUAUGUUCUGCAGAUGCAGGAGACCUACACCGCCUAUGCCAUGGCUGCUCAGCAAGCCUGGGAACAGCAGGUAAUGCAGCAAAUGGCCAUGCAGCAAGCGCAGCCCAUGCAGCAGUUCCCACAGCAGUCCAUGUAUCAGAACCCGAUGAUGGGCCAGCAGAUGGGCAUGCAACAGCCGAUGCACCAGAUGCAACAGAUGCAGCCACAGAUGCAGCCAAUGCAGCAGAUGGCUCCGAUGCAUAGUCCUUGGGUGAUGUACUACAACCAGCAGGGGCAGCCGUACUACUACAACGAGCAGACAGGCGAGCAAGUAUGGCAAUUGCCUCCUGGCGCCACCUGCAGCAGACAAGGCAAUGCUCCUGGUGGAUAUGGCAUGGGCGGAGGCUACCAAGAUAUGAAUCAGAUGUGGGGGGGCCAAAUGGGCCAAAUGCAGCAGAUGCCCUAUGGCUACAACCAGAACCAGCAGUCCUGGUAUUAGUCAAGAUUGGCCUUGGCCUCUAGCAUUUUCCACACAGAUGUCCAAUGUUUAAAGCCUAGGGCUGCACGCAGCGAGCGUGCCCCAGUCAGAGUCUACAUUGCCAGGAGGAUCAGGGGCUGAAAGACAACUUCACGUUACUUAUGG